CUUCGCCUAUCAGUAUCACUUCUGAAACCUUCUGGUGGCAUAGUCAAAAGGGUCAAGAAUGUCUCCUGCAGAGUUCUCACUACGUCUUCAGCAUGGUAUUACCGGCGGUUUUGCCCCGCCAACACCAUCUGCCAUCCACACUCUUACUAAAUCUAAGGAGCAGAAUCACGUAUUAAUUGCUUCUGCAACUCGCGAAGACGGCUCUCCGUGCUUGUAUACAGCUACUUCGAAAUCGAUCAGUUUGGAGGCUGAUACUCCAGACUCAGAAACAAUGCUCAUAGGCGAAUUAUACAGCAUCCUAAAGAGCAUUCCGACAGAAUCUCCGCCAGGAUCGGACGAUAUAUAUGGUUUGGACACUAGCAUUGCCUGGUACAGCGAUGACUUGACAUGGAUAAAUGGCGGACCUUCUGGUUGUGUCAGAGGAACAAGCGCAAUACAAGCUAGUGCCGAGGACAAGGCGAAGUUCAGACGUGCUGUGGGCAUCGUGAAUGAACUCAUCUUGAAGGCACAGUAA